UUUUAUUGCUCUUUCAUUCUCUCCGUUACUGACACAUUUUACACUUAUUAACCGGCCGAUCCUUUUACUGCAUUUUUAAGACCAUUUCUUACGUACCCGAAAUCUCUGUAUCUGCUAAUGUCACCAUUUUUUGGCUCUUUUUGAGUUUUUUUCGCUUUUUUCUGUUGAACCCUAAUUUCAUAUCUUUGGACAUUAGUUCUUCUCCUCUGUGCGUCUGUCUGUGAAGUUCCAGGAGUAAGUUGAUAAAAAGUUUAGUGCUUGAAGUUGAAGAAUGGGGUUAUGUGAAUAUUGAGUGACUGAACGAUUGAUUGAAAUGGUUUAAAGUUUGUGCCUUUUGUUCAUUUCAAGACUACCCAUUGAUUUUAGUUGCUUUUGGAUACUUCAUUAUGCUUGCUGGCUCUAAGCAGAUGAGUUUUGGAUGAUUUCUGUUUCUACGAGAAGCAAAAAGAACGAGCUUCUGGUGUCCUGCAUUCGAUUAUCUCAGAUGAGAUAAUGGAGGGGGAGAGAAAGCGUUCAAAGGGAAGCUUUUUUCACUUCUUUGAUUGGAAUGGGAAGUCACAUAAGAAGCUGUUCGUGAAUAAUUCUGAAUUAUCUGUGAUUGUAGAAGGAUCAAAGCAAGGAAAGGAAAAUAUUGAAACUAUGGCUAAACCACAGCUUCAUGCGACAAAGGUGGAUGAUAGAAGAGCAAAUUCAAGCAACAAAGGGGGUAGUGACUUUAGUUGCGCUUCAUCAGUUACUAGUGAUGAAGGAUAUGGAACUAAAGCACCUGGGGUGGUUGCUAGACUUAUGGGAUUGGAUUCUUUGCCAGCAUCAAAUGUCGCUGAGCCCUCUUCUAGUCCUUUUUAUGAUUCUGCUUUACUUGGGGCAUCUCAAUAUGGUAGGAGUACCCCUAAUUUAUGGAGUGAGUAUAAUCCCUUGGACUGCCUUAACAUUUCCAGUAACCAGGAAGGGUAUUCUUUGGUAUCAAGGUCACAAAAGGGGCAGAACCGGCCAAUUGAGAGAUUUCAAAUUGAAAUAUUGCCUCCAAAAUCAGCUAAAUCAAUUCCUAUCACCCACCAUAAGCUGUUGUCUCCAAUCAAGACACCUGGAUUCAUCCCAACAAAGAAUGUGGCUUACAUAAUGGAGGCAGCUGCAAAGAUAAUUGAGGCAAGUCCUAAGGCAACUGUAAAUGGUAAAGUGCCAUCUAGCGGGAUGCCUUCAGUUCCAUUGAGAAUUUGGGAUUUGAAACAGAAAAUGGAAGUGGCACAUAUGUCUAAGCCUCAAAGAUCAAGUGAAUCGUUUGCUGCCAAGGAUACAAAAGCAACGCAUGGUGACAGGAGUCAGAGUGGGUCCCAAGGCAUGCCAUCAUGCAACACUUUGAUGUUUUCUGAAGAACCUGCUUCUAAUGGUUUAAAGAAUAAGGGAAAAUCAGUUUCGCUUUCAGUACAAGCAAAGUCCAAUCUUCAGAGAAGGGAGGGAGCAACAUCUAGAAAUAACAACAAUAAGCAGGAGGAAAAGGAAAUCAGGUCUAACCAGCCACUAAAGAGCCUGCCCAGUACACCAAAAAGCAAGAGAACUUCUGAAGGAAGGACUAGCAAUGUGCUCAGGCAGAAUAAACAGAAGCAAAAUUGUCUAUCUGGUAAAGAGAGUUCAACUUUGAAGAAUUCAGUUUCUAACCAGGCAGGCAGAAAAGUUCAUUCCAUGAGUGGUUCAGUUGGGCAAAGUAGGACAGUAACUAAAGUUGUUUUAAAUCCUGAAUCUAUGUCUAGAAAGGUGCGCUCUGUGGCUACAAAUUCUGAAAAGGAGAAACCAAAUAAUUUAUGUCGGAAGAAACAGUCUGUAAAUGGUGAUUGCCAAACUGACAGAUGUGUUUCUGACAAUGUAUCAUUUAAUCGAGAUGACAGGUCUUUAAAUUGUAAUAUUGCAUUAGAUGGAAGCUUGACCAAAGCCGGACGAAACAGGAAAAAUGGCACAGAUGUUAUUUCAUUUACGUUCACAUCUUCUGUGAAGAGGACCACACCUAAUGUCCAGUCCUCAAUGAUGGGAAAAUAUAACAGCUUUACUGUUGAUUCUUUUGGCCAUAAUGAUCAUCCUUACUUCCAAAAGUCCACGUCUUCUUUUCCUGGGUUGAGUAUAAUUGGUGGUGAUGCUUUGGGUGUUCUUUUGGAACAAAAGCUGCAGGAAUUAACAAAUAAAUUUGAAUCAUCCCAAUAUAACAUAAUCAAAGAUGAGACUUCUGUUAGUUCUACAUCUAGUUUUCAAAAUUCCAUGUACGCAUUCAAUGUGGUUAACACCAUUCCUGCAGCGCAAGACAGGAAGAUUCAGCUUGUAGAAAAAGACAAGUCAGACCACACAGAUAACUUUGAUUGCUUUUCAGUGGAGAGUCCAAAGCUUACCAAGAACCAAAAGUUGCAGGGAUCCGAAGAAAUGGAGCAGCACAGCAGGAGUAAUUUCAGCGAAGCUGAAAAAGACCUUGAAUGUCAACAUCCUAGUCCAGUUUCAAUUCUUGAACCUUCUUUGGAGAGUGGAAGUUGUUCAAAUACCAAUGUUCAAUCUGAUGAGGUGCUCAAUGAUUUCUCUGCAAAUGAAUCCUUAGAAGUGGAAGGAGAGACAGAAUUAUCUGAUUCAGCCUCUUCAAUAUUUACAGUAGAAAUGAGAAGAAAGCUCACUAGAACCUUCAUUUUGACAGAAUUUAGGGGAUCAAGUGACUGGGAACUGGAUUAUGUGAGGCAUGUACUUAACAAUGCAGAAAUAAUGUUGAAAGAUUUUACAUUGGGUCAGACCCAGAAGGUCAUAACUCCACAUCUUUUCCAUCAGUUGGAGAAUCAAAAGAAUGGAAUGAAAAGAAAUAAAGAACAGUACUCCAAGCUUGGGCGGAAGGCUUUGUUUGAUUGUGUUAGUGAACAGUUGGAGCUCAUGUGUGGACAAGCUUUUGUUGGGAGCUGCAAGUCAUGGACUAAGUUGUGGACGUUAUGUCAAAGGAAGAGAUGGUUGGCAGAGGAAUUGUAUAAGGAGAUCUCAGCUUGGAAAACCAUGGGAGACUUAAUGGUGGAUGAGCUAGUGGACAAGGACAUGAGCUCUCAGUAUGGGAGAUGGCUUGACUUCAACAUGGAAGUAUAUGAAGAGGGUGUAGCGAUUGAGAAGGGGCUUCUAACUUCUAUGGUUGAUGAACUGGUUUCUGAUUUAUUUAUCAUGAAAGCCCCUUAAGAAAGGCUUCUCUUCCACGCUUGUAUUAUUCUGUUUUGGUGUAGUAAAGAAUAUAUAUUAUCAAUAUAAUCCAUUCUUGUCUUGUUCCAUUUAA